CUGGCACUCGCCGUUGGCACUCUGUCUCGAAACCCUUCUGCUGUAGUUGCGAGGAAACCGUUCUGAGAGGAGAGUUUCGUCAGACAUCAUGGCCAGACUGAACCUCAUCGUGGUGGUUGCGAGCGUGAUGGCGACUCGGGCGACUGGACUAGUAUACCACGAAUGGUGCCUCGACUACAAGGGGGAGUGUGUGCCCCUGGAUGAAUGCCCUGCGUCGUCGGGGCAGCUGUCUUGCCCUGACGGCAUGGUCUGCUGUCCAUUCGAAGCCGCACUGUGCAAGCGGACUCAGGAUUGCAAGGAGCUGGGAGGCAAAUGCUCGCACAGUUGCAGGAGGGAUGAGAUAGAGUUCCCGGAGCUGUGCGGAGGAGACUGCAAUUGCUGCGUCUCAGAGAGACCUUGCAGCAAGACGGCCGCGUGCAAGGCCAUGUCGGGUCGCUGUGACGAAGACUGCAACCGCAACGAAACGCCCUUGGACGGGCUGUGCGAGGGGGAACGCUGUCGCUGCUGCGUCGGAGCCUCCCCCUGCAACCGGACUCAGGAUUGCACGAGCUUGGGAGGCGAUUGUUCUAUCAGUUGCAAGAAAGAAGAGCUAGAAUUGCCGGAGCUGUGUGAAGGAGAUUGCAAAUGCUGUGUCAGAGAGAGACCUUGCAGCAAGACAACGGCGUGCAAGGCAAUAUCUGGGCGCUGUGACGAAAGAUGCAACCGCCACGAAACGCCUUACGAGGGGCUGUGCGCUGGGGAAGGUUGUCGCUGCUGCGUCAGAGAGUGCAAGAGGACGGACGCUUGCAAGGAAAUGCACGGGCGAUGUGACCACCGCUGCAACAGGAACGAGUUUCCUUUGCUUGGCUACUGCGCCGGAGAGGAUUGCUUCUGCUGCGUCCGAGAUUUGGAUGAAUCGUCAGUGAGCGAAAUUAUACCCUCAAUGAGUUCCCCGUCAAUAGUCUGCCCAAGCGCUAACAAUGAAUGGCCACCAGAUUCCUCAUUAACAGCAUCAUCUGAAAGCUUACCAGCCUCAACCUUCACAUCUACACACUUUCCGUCCAUGAAUUCCCCAGAACAACCGGCUACUUCAGUAACAACAACGUCGACCGUCAGCACAACGUCAACGACAACGACGUCGACCGUCAGCAGUACGUCUUCAACAACAACGUCAACCUCUACAACAACGUCAACAACAACGUCAACAACAACGACGACUCCCGUCCCCUGCAACACCACAGCAGACUGCGAGUACCUGAAGGGCCAGUGCCGCCUCCGCUGUCCACAAGGCACUCGGGAGCUCCCAGGAUGCUUGGGUUCUUGCGUGUGCUGUGUCCCAGACGACGGGCAGUGCCUCAACACCUCAUCAGAGUGCCAGGACGUCGGAGGAACUUGUGUGAUGCCGGGUCCUCAGCUGCCCCUCCAGUGCGAUGCCGUCGACCUCAACCUCUGCCCGUCCGACUCUUCGCCGUGUGCUUGCUGCGUCGACUGCACGCAGCAGACAGAUGCCACGUGCAUGAUCCAGUACAACGGCUCAUGCAAAGCCGAGUGCAAUGCAAUGGAACUGAGCCUCGGGACGUGCCAGGAAGGCUGCAGCUGCUGCGGGUGCGAGACCACGGGAGAGUGUGACGCCCUGGGGGGGAGGUGCGUGUCAGCGAAGGUGCACUGCAACGGGAUCCUGACGGGGAAGUGUGCGGGAGAAAGUUGCUUCUGCUGCCUGCCGAAUGCCGUCGGCGACAGGUGCUGGUGGGACGCCCCGAGAUGCCUGGCGAUCGGCGGACGCUGCGCCCCCUCGUGUGGCGCGGCCGAGGGGGCGGUCGAGGGCCUGUGCGGCGACGGGGGCUGCGCCUGCUGCACUUCCGACCCAGAGCCGUGCCUUCAGAGCGCCCUGUGUGGCAAGAUCGGCGGAACGUGUCAGUCGGAAUGCCCGAGCUACAUGACGGGCGUCGCAGCUCUAUGUCCGGGACGGAACUGUUCAUGCUGUUACGUGCCCUAAUCCCAAAAAGGAAAAAAUGAAUAAAUAGAUAAAAAGAACACAAAAAAGUCAUUAU